CAAGCAUGAAGCUUGUGCAAACAAUUGCUCUUUUUGUCAGUAUUAUAUUCUAUAUUCAAAUUCUAAGAUAUGCAUAUUAUAAAGAAAAAGAGGAUCAGCUGAUAGUUAGGAGUAACAACGAACAUGUAAAAGAUCCAACAAAAGACUCUAAAGAUAUACAUGUGCAUGCAGCAGAUCCUACUGAAGACAACAAAGGAACAAUUCCCCCAUCAAGCAAAAAGACUACAUCAGAUAAAAGGAAGAACAUUCUUUUUCUGAUGGCCGAUGACCUUAGACCUCAACUAGGUGCUUACAGGGGAAAAUACUUUCCAGCACCUGUCCAUCCACAUAUGCAUACACCCAAUAUAGACCACCUUGCAUCAAGAAGUCUUUUAUUAAAGAGGGCCUACUGUCAAUUAGCUCUCUGCUGUCCUAGCAGGACUUCCAUAUUAACUGGAAGAAGACCAGAUUCCACAAAGGUAUACAAUUUAGGAACAUAUUUCCGAGAAACAGCAGAAAAUAUCAUAACUAUACCACAAUAUUUUAAGCAGCAUGGAUACACAUCUCUUGGUUUAGGAAAAGUAUUUCAUUCUGGUGCAUGCUCGGGAAAGCAUGACCAAAUAUCCUGGUCUGAACACUCUUUUCAACCAAUCGACCUCUGGAAAUGGAAAAAUUCUAAUGUCAGCUGGAAGGCUGUGACAAAGGAAGAAGAGAAUGCAAGACCUUUGCAAGAUGUCUUACUUACACAGCAGGCUAUAAAGGAAAUCAGGAAAUUUGGUGAAAGAAAUUAUACAAAACCCUUUUUCUUAGCUGUAGGAUUUUUUAGACCACACACACCAUAUAUAUUUCCUGAAAGAUUCUUAGAUUUCUAUCCUAAAGAUACAAUAAGGCCUCCAGCAAAUCCAUUUCCUCCAACAAACCUUCCUCUCAUUGGAUGGAACUACUAUAACCAUUUGAGAAAAUACACUGAUAUAGCAGCUUACAAAAAUGAAGGAUUACCAAACAAACCUUUGCCCUUGGAGCCAACAUUGCUGGUAAGAAGAGCUUAUUAUGCUUGCAUAACAUAUAUUGAUUAUCUCAUUGGACAAAUCCUCGAUGAGCUCAAGGUGCAGAACUUGCAUGAAAACACAAUUAUUUCAUUCCUGGGUGAUCAUGGUUAUAAGCUAGGUGAACAUGGGAGCUGGCUAAAAUCAACUAAUUUUGAUAUUGAUACACAUGCACCAAUGAUGAUCUCUAUACCAGGGGUAACAGACUAUGGCAUUGAAACUGAAGAACUCACUGAGUUUGUUGACCUGUUUCCUACACUUGUGGAGGCCUCGGGACUAGGCAAUCUACCUCAAUGUCCAAAAGGUGACCCCGCACAAGUGGAUGCAUGCCAUGAAGGUGCUAGCUUAAUACCACUCAUCAAAAACUUGAGUACAAAGUGGAAAAAAGAAGUAUUCUUUCAGUUCAAAAGGUCACCAUAUAUGGGUUACUCAAUGAAAAAUGAUGGCUAUCGCUACACUGAGUGGAUAAAACUAUCUGAAAGUGGCGAUCCUAUGUGGGGUGACACAAAAGAUGUUGAACUAUACAACCACAGCAGUGAUCCACAAGAAAACAUAAACUAUGCACAUGAUGAAUCCUAUACUAAACUAAAAGCACAGCUAAGCAAACAACUGAGAGCAGGUUGGAGAAAGUCUUUACCAGCUUAGCCAAUUUUAGUGAAUAAAAUAAAUAAUGACAAGGCAUUAACAUGACAAA